CCGUAAAGUUGGGUAAAUGUUAGUUUUCAGUUUGAUGCUAGUGAAUAAUUCAGCACUAAGGCCAUAUGACUGGUAACGAAAGGCAGAUUCAGUACAAGCAAUGUCUACUCUUAUGUGCAAGUUCUGUCAGGUUGUGUAAAAAUGAUUUGACACUAGUAGGUUGUCUGCAGAAUCCUAAUGGUGGCUAUGGAACUUGGGAGCUAGCUCGUACACAUCCUUGGAUGGAGAAUUUAAACAUGACAGAGAUAUAUGCAGACAUCAUGGUGGAGCAUCAGUACGUCGAGUGUACCUCGUCGGUCAUCCAAGCAUUGGCCCUGUUUCGGCAAAAAUACCCCAUGCAUCGGGAAGAUGAAAUAGAACAGUGUAUCAGGAGAGCGACAGAAUUCAUCGAGAAGUCACAGAAUGAGGACGGUUCAUGGUUUGGAUCAUGGGGUGUUUGCUUCACAUAUGGCACAUGGUUUGCUAUAGAGGGCCUAUCAGCAGUUGGACAGUGUUACAAUAACAGCACCUACAUUCGGAAGGCUUGCCAGUUUCUAUUAUCCAAGCAGCUAAGGAAUGGUGGAUGGGGUGAGAGUCAUCUUUCAUCCACAACCAAGGCUUACACGAACCUAGAUGGGGAGAAAUCACACAUAGUCAACACCGCAUGGGCGAUGUUGGCGCUAAUGAAAGCUGGACAGGCCGAAAGAGAUGCAUCUCCUUUGCUCAAAGCAGCAGGGCUUAUCAUGAACAUGCAACUCGGCAAUGGUGACUUCCCUCAGGAGGAAAUGAUUGGAAGUUUCUUGAAGAAUGGCCCCUUAUGUUAUAUGGCUUAUCGCAAUAUAUUCCCCAUAUGGGCCCUUGGAGAGUAUCAUAGAUUGGUACUUUGCUCCGACUAAAUUAGUUACUUCGGGUAUGGAGCAACUGAAUUAUGCUCCUCUGCUGGCAAUGCUACCCUAUGAACCCGGCAGGCUGAAAGUGAUUUCUUGAAAGAAAGAGAAGAUUUGUAUGUCUUGAAGGAAGAAACAAGAAGAUAGUCGAGUAAUUAUAGGUGGUGUGCAUAUAUGAACAUGGUACAGAAUAUUAUCUGUUGUAAUCGAUUCAUUAAUUUGUUGUAAAUUGUACAAGAUUCCCCAAAAUUUUUUGUACAAUCAUUGUUAUGCAGAUGCAUUAGUACUAUUAAAUAAUUAAUUAUUGAUACAGUA